CAUCCAGUGACUCAACUCUCCCUGUCACACCUACCUCCAGGUACAGUCUCCAUGCUGGGAGGGAAUCACUCAGCAGUGUCUGAGUUCGUCCUCAUAGGCUUCUCCACCUUCCCCCACCUUCAGCUGAUGUUCUUCCUGCUGUUCUUGUUGAUGUACCUGUUCACACUGCUGGGGAACCUGCUCAUCAUGGCCACCAUCUGGAGUGAGCGCAGCCUCCACACACCCAUGUACCUCUACCUGUGUGCCCUCUCCAUAUCCGAGAUCCUCUACACCUUUGCCAUCAUCCCACGCAUGCUGGCUGACCUGCUCUCCACCCAUCCCACUAUCGCCUUUGUGGCCUGUGCCAGCCAGAUGUUCUUUUCCUUCACAUUUGGCUUCACCCAUUCCUUCCUACUCACUGUCAUGGGCUAUGACCGCUAUGUGGCCAUCUGCCACCCCCUGCACUACAAUGUCCUCAUGAGCCCCCAGGGCUGUGCCUGCCUGGUGGCCUGGUCCUGGGCUGGAGGAUCCAUCAUGGGGAUGGUGGUGACAAUGGCCAUUUUUAACCUCACCUUCUGCGGACCCAAUGAGAUCCACCAUUUUGCUUGCCAUGUGCCACCAUUAUUGAAGUUGGCUUGUGGAGAUGAUGUGCCAGCUGUGGCCAAAGGCAUAGGCUUGGUGUGCAUCACAGCCCUGCUGGGAUGUUGUCUCCUUAUCCUCCUCUCCUAUGCCUUCAUUGUAGCCACUAUCUUGAAAAUCCCCUCUGCUGAGGGUCGUCACAAAGCCUUCUCCACCUGUGUGUCCCACCUCACUGUGGUCAUUGUGCACUAUGGCUUUGCCUCUGUCAUCUACCUCAAGCCUAAGAGUCCUCAGUCUCUGGAAGGAGACACCCUCAUGGGCAUCACAUACACGGUCCUCACACCCUUCCUCAGCCCCAUCAUCUUCAGCCUCAGGAACAAGGAGCUGAAGAAUGCCAUGAACAAGACCUUCCUCAGCAAAUUGAGCCCAGAAAAAUUGUGACUCUCUGGGAGAAAUUC